AGCCCUCAUUGGCUGUCGGUGAUAAUCGGUCAACAAACGGAGGAGAGGGAGGCAGGAGAGCACGGGGCAGCAUGUUUACAGCCUGCAAACACAAUUAGCUGCUGUCAACGACUUACCAGCCUUAACGGAGGGUUUUUACGGAGGAGCUGACUCUUUUUAGGCGGCUGACAACGAUGUAUUUCUGCCGCACAGGGAGGUUGUCUGCAGCGGCUGUGGACCAGGCUUUAAAGUCCGUGAGAUCGUCUCUAACAACCACACUGAGGGACGACACUGUGACAUUACGCAAAGGCUACACGGUUCACCGGGGUUUGUGCGCACCAGUGCGGGGUGUCUGUUCAACUCCUGUGCGUUUCUGGAAACACCAACCAGACCCACAAAAACAAAAACAACAACCAGCACAUAACUGGGACACUCAGUCUGGUUUUGUAAUCUCGGACUGGGCACACUUGGACCGGGUAUCUGCUGUAGCUGUAAGCCUCUCUAGAAGCGUGCAAACGAGAGGCGGUUUUCCAGAUCUUAUCAGGCAGCCGAACAAGCGCUCCGUCAGCAAAGGAGGACCGGCGGGUAAUGCUCUGUUUACAGGGAACUCGGGGGUUUCUGUCGGAACCAUGCAGACCAGAUCGGCGUCCACCGCUGCGGCCGCGAAGAAGAAAAGCGAAGCCGGCGAGGAGCAGACGGCUGACAACAACAAAGAGGUAAUUUACCCGGCAACCUACAAGUGUUUGUGUAACCUCAGUGACGAGUUACCCGGGUUUACACAGGGCUCCGCGGGCAGGAGGACAUCCCGUUCUGAUCUCCGUGUCCCUGAAGCUCCAGGAUACAAAGUUAAAAUGAUCAUGAAAUCUGCUAAAAGAGGCCCGAGCCUCGUCAUGUUAGCAGACAGGCCGGUUAUACAACACCACGUAAUCACACACAAGUGUACAGGGCUUUUUCACGUGAGGGAAAGUCACAGUAGUUAAUGCAUUAAUACAUAAUGACAAACUGAUCGUGAGUCAGCAGAACUGACAGAGCACAUGCUGAGUCACUGUCAAACUGUCACACACCUUUCUGUUCAAACUUAUGAGUGUUAAAAGACAGAAUAAACGUGAUUCACUUAGCCUGAAUUCAGUUAAUCUCAAUGGGACUGAAUUAAUUGAGCAGCUUAAGUAGUGAGUAAACACAACAGCAUAUAAAGAUGUGGGUGUGCGAAAAUACACUUACAAGAUUAGAUCUUAAAAGGUUACACAACACCUCCAAACGUGUGCCCUACAUUUGCUUCUUACCUCAUGAUACUUCCUCUACAUUUAAUAUUUGGUCUGUUGUUGAACCCAAACCCUGAGUCCUAAAUUAGGCUUAGCCAUUAAACUCGACUUGGGCACUAUGAGGCUUUAACCCUAAAGGUCCUUUCACACUGGGACCGUUUUUGUCAUGCAUUUUUUUUUUCCGAACCCGUAUCCUGUCAAUACAAGCGUUCACAUCAGCGACGUUUUUCCCGUCCUGCGAAUUUUUUUAGUUUGCAUACUGUGCGUCCACUUCUGACCAAUCAGAUUGCACGUUGUUGCAACGUCAGAUUCACAGGUAUAUCCAACAUGGCCGACUGGCUGAUUGUUUACACGUCAAAGAACAGAGUGCUUUUUGAUAAAAGACAAACAUUACAAAGAUAACGACCUGAAGGACAACUUGUGGAGGGUUAUAGCGUCGAAUCUCUCAUAUGACGAUGGUUUGUGUGCUUUACCAGUUUGCUAAACGUCUUUGUUUCAACUGUCAUCUGUGCUAACGUAAGCUAACGGUUGUUAACAUAGUUUUAUGUGCGUAUCUUAUCGCCUCUAAUUGGCUAUGAGUGUUGACCAUUUGGCUUGAGCGUGUGAUGACGUUUCCAGCUUUUCUAGCCAAUCAGAGGCAAAGGAGGCGGGACUUUCCCCUGGGAAAAGUCUUCACUGGGAUGCGUCUUUCCCCCCCUGGAAAGUCACAAAAUCGCAUCGGGCUUGAUGUGUAUAGUCAGGUGCGUCAAAAUUUGCCUCCGAAUAUUUCGUAAUUUCACGUUCUAUAUUCGUGUUGGCCCUGGUGUGUAAGGACAUUUAGAACUCCCAGCUAUAUUUUGCUAUUUUUGGUCCGCCCGUUUAUUUUCUAUUUUUUGGAAAUAUCUAUGUAGCAACUCUAACCUUUCAAACGCAGCAAAUAUAUACACAUCUUUCUUUUUACCAGGAUAACCUCAGCUGUCAGUUUAUGGGUGCAAAAAUGAUGUAAAAUGGAUGUGACAGGAGAUUCAGAACCAUCAAAGUCAACCCAAAAACAAAAACAGAAAUUGAUACAAACAGUACUUUGCUCAAAAAACACAUAAAUGAAGCUUUUUAAGUUAACUCAAACCAUGAAAUAGUGACAUAAGAGAGGCAGUUUUGGUUUCUCAUAAUAAGGACUAUCAGAUUCAUAAAACAUAGCAUGUGAUCAAGCUAAUAGUUUGACACCAAGCAGUUGAUUUGUUGUAGCUCCAGUGCACUAACACUGACAAUGCUGAUAUACUGACGUGCAGCAGAGAUAAUCUUCAAUAAAAUAAGUUUUAAUUAUACAAACAGUUGAUAAUUUGCUCCCGCCAAUCUGAUAAUGAGCUAAAAGUUGGGAAACAAGUACUUAAUUGUUUUUACUCCAGUGCAAACAUGGUCUCGGUAAUGAAGUUAAAAUGCUAAUGUGUUUAAUGCUCACAAUGUUGAAUCUUGGUUGCCCCUGUUAGCAUGCCAAUUACAGCUGUCAAGCUCAAAUUGACUGUUAUAUCAAGUGUCCAAACUCAAGUAGGAUCUCUUAGAUAUUUCAAAAAAGAAUGAAGAAAUUAAAUGUUAGGAUUAUACUGUAGAGUUUUUGUUUAGUUUUCAUCCUUUAUCUCUGAAAAUUCAGACACUUUGCUGCAAGUUUCUAGUUUCUCCCUCUGCCUCUGGCUGCUGGGCGGUCUGUGUGUGCAUGCUCGUGCAUGCCUGUGUAUGCGUGUGUGCAUGUGAGUGUGUCUUUGUCCAAGUUUGCAUGCCACUGUGACUCUGCAGAACUGCAUGUGUUUUCCGUUCAUGAAAAGCUGUUAUCAGACACAGCAGCCUCACUGUUCCCCUCCCAUAACAACCUCCAUGGCACAACUCCUCCUGGCCGCUCUCUCACAUGACCCUCCCACACUGCUGCUUGCUUUUACUUUAAGCUCGGCCUAAGUCGCCCCUGAAAAGCAAAGGCCUGCUCUUUCGCCCACUCUGGCCUGUCUAUUGUUCAUUGUUGGCUUGGCCAGUGAAUACGUCACCGAGGCUGUGGCUUCAUCCCGGGGGUCUGGGCCAAAUUUAGCAAGACAAAUUGUCUAAAAAGGACAAAAGCAGCUUGUUUUCUUCUGGUCCCUCCUUCUGCUUCUUCUUUGUUUCUACAUCCUUGAUUGGUUGUCAGUCUCAGCCUUACAAAGAAAUGCUGUUUGCAGCAAGCUUCACAUCAGUGCAACAAAAACAAUCCUCAGAGGAUAUGAGUGAAACCUGCUGUGUUAAGGCGAAAAUGUUGUGCUAAAAUAGACAGCAGGACUCAUCUGUGUUUCACAGUCCUGGUUUCAGGUAAAGCACAGAUCCUGAUCUUUUAAAGUAAACACUGCCAAGGUUAAUGUUUUAAAGUUCAGUCACCUUGAUUUCUGACUUCAGGAGCUACCUGUUAAAUCACUAGCAGUCUUCUUUGUGCUUACUAAUUUAUUCAACAACCUCAAUUCUGUCCUAAAAUAAAUCAUUUUUGCACGCCUGAGCUAUUCCCUGUGUCUUUUUUUUCUUGGAGGCACUGUACUUUAUUCUGGCAGGAAAUUUGUUUUAAUAACUUGGCUCUAGUUGGAACCACUCGGCAUUAUGCCCUCUCCAGUCUGCUGCUCUUUCUACUGCUUUAAUUUGAACGUAAAGAGGCGCCAUCAUCAGAAGCAGAAAUUGUUGAAAUAGGCAAUAAAGUUGAAAUUGUCCUUUAAUUCGACAUUGGCAGGCCGCUCUGCAUUCAAAUCUCUGCAGAGUGUUAUGGUUAGGGUUGCAGAUGAUGCAGAAUGCAGCAGGACUGGUCUUCAGCCAACACUAAGCAGCACGCCACUUCACUGGUCAUUUGUUUCCACUGGAGCAUCAAAUUCAAAAUCAUGCUGAUGCCCCACAAAACACAGUCUGAAACAGUUCCUGUUUACCUGAACUCCUUUAUCCAGACCUUGACUCUCACUGCCUGCUGUGCUCCCUUCACAACAGGGUCCUUAGUUACAAGCCUGAUGACUCUUCUCUUCUUGAGUUUCUCUCUGGUGGGAUAAGUUUCUGUACUCGAACGGAUCUGCAGAGUCUAUGUUAACCUUUGCAGUUUUAGACCCAGCUCUUUUAUGGACGACUUAAAACUGAUGUUGAUGAGACCUGCAUUGAUUUUGAGGAUGUUACUGAUGCUAAUAAGAUGAUGAUACCAGUGACAUGACUUCUGUGUGUGAUGAUUCUGUUCAAUCAAAUCCUGGCUUCUCUACAUCCUGUGGAUUAUGGAUCACACUGCUUGUCAGCACCUAUUCGCCAGGACUUGAAGAAGCCUGUUGAAUUUACUCAUGCUGUUCUCUUUUGACCAGAACCUUCUUUGUGUCACACCUUCUGAAACUGAACAUAUUUUCAUUUUUUUGUUUUAAAACUAAAGAUUAACACAACAUCUCUCAUUAAGAUAUCAUGUAAUUACAUACAAAUUCCAAAACAGCUAGGACUAAGAGAUUUGUGCGGAGUUGUACAAGUGUAAAAAAAAGCUGAAUUUUGUCUCUGAAUGUUUGAUCAGAUAUCUUUAUAUCGUUACAUUAAACUUUUAUUCAAUAUUUCCAGAUUAAAAAGAUUAUUUUUGAAUCUUUUGUGCCAAAAAGCUGUUUUGGUAUGGUCUAAAUUUGAACCUUUUACAUCAGUUCUUAAAUCAUUGUUCAUUUGUGGCGUUGUCUUCCUCUAAACCUUUGGUUUCAAAUUUCUAACCCUAUCAUUUAGGUAACAUCAGUCUGAAAUUAAGCUUUUUUUUGUUUAUGGUUCAGCAGCUAUUCUUGCAAAAACAGGUGAAGCUCAUAAAAAAGGGAAGUGCAUUUCUGUUUUCCACAAUGCUUAUCAUGCACGAUAGUAUUUUGAUCAGUAUUGCACUCUGUAUAUUGAAAGAAAAACUAUGAAUUUAGAUACAACAUGAGGAUACAGGCUGAAUUAGCAUAGCCCAUAUCUAGUACCAUACCCUAACAAACCAAACACAGAACACGUCCAUGCGGGGUUAAAUACUUUUCUGAGUUGUUUAGGUAUCAGUACUCAUUAUACUUUAAUCUCUAUUUUGUACUGGAGUGCCUUGGCUGCAUUAAACAUGAGUGUAUUUAUGAAGGCAGCCCCUGAGGCUUCACUCAGAGGAGGAUUAUGUUUAUUUACACGCUCCACUGUUAACAAACUGCAGGCUUUCUCUGUUUAUUUUAGAUACCUACUUCCCUCACCGCUCUGUGAAUCUUACACCACCCUCGCUCUUUUGCAGCCUGUCCGCUGCUGUAGUGAUCUCAUUGUUGUUAACGCUGUAGCAGUUCACUAAUCUGUGUUACUGUCAGCAUGCACUGGAGUGACCCGCUCUUCCCUGCUGCGUGUCAGACGGCUGGAUUAAGUCUGCUGCUUGUUCAUCUUAGAGAGUGGUGUGUCUGGAGGUCACGAGCGCAGAGUAAAGUGUGUGUUUGUGCACUUAUGAGAGGUCCUUUUGUGAGUGCAUUUGUAAGAUAGAGUGGUGGACUUUGUUUAGGAGUGAAAGGGCAAAUGAUAAAGUGAAUUACCUAAAGUACACAGCAGCAGCAGUCAGGCCUGUUCAAUCAGCUGAUUUGACGAGACAAUGAACAGAAAAAGAGGCUUGUUACUAUUCAGGCUUUGUUCUGUCGUAAUCAUAAACUGAAUGACACACAAUCACAACAUAGUCUUUCCUCUUGUUUUGAUGACUCAUGCAUUUCUAAAUCUGACCUACAAUUUACCUCGCCUUGCUUUUGUCAGUAUUCUAUAUGGUAUUCAGUAUGCAGACACUUUCAACUCCUCUGAAGAGCGUUUUAAGGACAAGAGUUACCUUUUCUUGUAAGCUUUGAUAUCAGCUGAACCAGAAAUGAAGCCUCCGUCUUGGAGCUUCUUUGUUUCCUAGUCUGAAGGAGCUCUCUGAAUACUAAUGUCAAAAAUAUCUCACAUUUCAUGAAAGGUGGAAACAAUCCCUGCUAUUUUAAUCAACUUCCUCUUUACCAUUCAUGACUUGUCUUUGCUUUUGUCUAGAUUGUUUUCUACACAUUCCUCAGGGACUGACUUUUAACUCAUAUCCUCUUCUCAUUUUGCUCUGCUCACACUCUCUUAUUUUUGUCUCUUUUCUCCUUUAUAUUUUGGCCAGGUGGAGCAGAACUUAAAAGACACCUCCACCACCUCCUCAUCUGCUGCGAAGGCCCAAGAAGAGCCUGAGCCAGAGCCAGAGGGGGGAAAACCCACCAAAGCCCAGCAGCUGAAGAAGGUCUUUAAGGAGUAUGGAGCAGUAGGAGUUAGCUUUCAUAUCGGGAUCUCCCUCAUGUCCCUGGGAAUGUUUUACCUCCUAAUAUCAAGGUAACACUUUAACUGAACUUAAACUCAUGUUUAUGCUUUUUCAUAAUACCAAAAAGCAAACAAGACCAUCAGUGACCAGAUUUAUAUACUGUCAUUUUUAAAGCCAGCAGGAUGAGAUUUAUUGUCAGUAAGACACUUCUUAGGCAUAGAGAGGACAAGAUGAGCAAAGACUAUUUUGUCCAAAGGGGGCGCUAAAAUGAACACAAACCGAAGUUCCUCACAGGAGCUUUAAGUGUUUUCAUUUCCUUUAUUGUAGAAACCAAGAGAAGAGAUUGAAUAGAUGAUUGAAUAGGCAUGCAACUAAAAAGCUGCAUUUCAGCAACGAAUAAGGACAAAAUGAACCUUCUAUUUUCCCCUUUUCUUUUCCUUUUUUGUAUUUUAAUCGACUGUUCUAAUGCAGAUAGUUUGCUUUAAAUGUAGUAUUUGUUAAAAAUGCUGAUAGUUGGCAGCAGCGCUGAGCUUGGAAAUCGUUGACAAAAAACGGAGGCAGUUUUCUGCAUGAUUUAUUUGAUUCUAGUCAGUUUUGUAAACAUACAAGACAGUUUUAGUUUUAGUGAGCCGUUGUGCUUUUGUAAAGCCUCAUUUUUAUUUUAUUGUACUUGAUAAAAAUGUUUUUGAUAUUUUAGUUUUCAUUAAUGAUAAAAAACUUACUCUAUACAGACCUUUACCAUUGAUAUCAGAGGUCCCACGACCACUUGAUUUUGAUUGGUUGAGACCAAAAACAAGGAGGCUGAGCACUAAAAAUACUAAACAUAAUAAUAAUAAUCAGCUCAGUAAAAUGUGAUUAAAGGACACAGGCUCUUAUCCCCUGAGAACCUGAAUCUUAGCAGGUGAUUGAGAUACUUUUAUAAGCAUAUGGAGCCAUGCGGUCUUUGAGUAGUGAAUGAAAUGCAGUUGUAGCUGGGUUAAGGGAUGUAAAGGACAGAAAAGAAAAUGCAAGUGUGAGAGGAAAACAAACGUAAUACAUUAUAUAUUAAACCUUGGGUGUGUGAAGCAGUCUGGGAGUCGCCUGACUGCGUGUACAGGCAGGAAAUGACUGACCUGUUGUAGUAUAAUGAAGAUCAUCAACAAAUGUAGCCUGAUAUAAAAGAGAACACAAAACAUUGACUCUUGGAAAUUUCCCCUCAGUGUCAGACAUUAAACCAACCCUGCUGCUGAGAAUAAUCCUGGCUGAAUCUGACACUUCUGUGAAUAAAACAUGAGGUCAUUUCCUCAUAAGUUUGUUGAUACUAGUGUUGUAAUUUCACAGCUACCCAUGCAAAAUUUAAAGCCUUUGACACUGCAGUUUCUUACAUGUUAUUGCGACUCUCCACUGAUGACACAUUUAAGUGAAACAACAAGUCAGCUAGAGCGUGUUUUAGUGUUUGCUGGAACGUCAGUCAAGACCCAUUUUGUGCCCUUACUUGGCUCCGAUCCAGGAGCUCAAAUACCGGAGAGAUUUGGCAGGGAUUAUGUGACAGCUUGGUGAUUUCCUCAUACAGCCGGUAAUGGCCCUCCAAGUUAAAAGUGAGUCUGUAGCGAGAAACUACCAGGCAUUAUCACUCUGAGUCCACAGAGGCAUGUGGCCCGCUAAUACAGAGCUGUGUGCUGUGUAAACAGUUGUCAGGCUGCAGAUGGAUCUUUAUAUUUAGCUGACUAAAGUUUGCUAACAGAGCUGUGAAUGUGUGUGUGUGUGUGAGAGAGAGAAAGAGAGAGAAACGUGCCAUAGUGAUGCACGCAGCUCUGAGCUUUGUGUAAGCACAUUCUUUGCAUAUUUAUUUCCCUGAAUAGCUCGGAUAAAAGCAGCAUGACUCCACGACACGGUCACACAAAGGCAGUGACACACGCAGCUGUGGUAAAACCUCUGAUAUGUGUGAUGUUAGUGGAGCAGUGCUUUUUUUAUCAUGCCAAUCAGAGUAAAUAGGUCGAAAGGGUGCAAAAUAAACUAUUACACAACGGCUGGUAUUGGACACGGCUCCCUCUAGUGGACACAAAGAGACCUGAACACCAACAGGGAAGAGGUCUGGUUGAUGAAACAAAAUCUUCAAUGAUACAAAAGCGAAAAUAACAUUCAGGUCUCUGCAUCAAGUUCUUCUUUUUUUAUGUCUAGGGUUAUUCUCUAAAUUUCUCUGAUUUCUUCAUAAAUUGUUUGCUUUGAGUCUGUUUUAUGUUCAAAUGUUUCUUGAAGUGAAUAGUGUGUCGCUGGUCCAAAUCUAUCCCUGUAAAAUGAAAGUUAUUUUUCUAUUUUUGUUGUUCUCCAUAUUACCAUUUUUGCUCUUAUCACAAAAGAGACUCUUACACAAUUACGAUAUUUCUUUUUUCUGUAUCGUGAAUGCAUUUGUGGACUGUUCAAAUGAAAUGACAAUCUGUUGUAUCAUUACAUUUUUAAAUUAUUCAAACAUUGGUUUUAUUUUUGUUUUCAUACUUUCUGACUUUAGAAUUUAAAUCACUCUUUGUUUAACUUGGAUUUUUUUUUGUUUUAUCAGCUUUUAGAAACAAAUUUACAAUUGUUUUAGUUAUAUCCUAUUUCCUCUCCCAGAGCUGUAUAUGAUUUUCAGAUACAUGAGAAAAUCAAUUUAAAAGUUGGCAUAACAACAGACAAAUAUUAAACCUAGAAAAAAAAUGAAGCAAUCAAAAGAAAGUAUGAACAUAAAUCCAGAUAGAAACAAAAGGGAAAAGCUUUAAAAAAAGAGACCGGUAUAUAUGAGCAUAUUUGCAUGGGCCAUAUAUGUAAAAAAAAAAAAAAAUAUAUAUAUAUAUAUAUAUAUAUAUAUAUAUCUGUUUGAAAAUAUGGAAAUAUUGAUUAUAAAAGAUGGCAGGGUCCCAUCUUAAACAAAUGUUUCUUUCUAGAGUCUAAGGUUCAUGCACAUUUUAUCCUCUUCUGAUAGGUGUUGGGUUCAGGUUUAGACCAUUUUAAUCUAAAACAUUUUAUUGUACUUGUUGUAGAUAUUUGUAAAUGCUAAUAUUUGGCCCAGCAGAGCCACACUUGCAUCUCUUACAAGAUUUUGAUGUAAUAGUAUUUUUUAAGAACUUUAAAAUCUCUCACUGAAAUAUUAUGUUGGAACCAACCACGCCUAAAUUAUCUGGGCAUGGUUUCAAAUUCAUGCACCAUAAUUUCUCUUUUAGUUUCGUUUUGAGUAGUUUUGGUGACUAUUUUGGUUUCUGACAAAAUCUUUUAUAACUCUUAACUUUAAUUCCACCUGUUCCACAUAUUCAGGGAUAGUUUAACCGCUGAUACUACAUGCUGAUUUAACACAAUACAAACAUGUUGAAGAAGAAACUCUGACUGUUUUUGUGGGCUGUUGUUUGUGAGCUCAUUGAAAAUAGUAACAGGAAAAACUGGUUUCCAAACAUUUGAGUAUUAACUGGGUUUUUUCCUGUCUUCUCAGUGGAAUCGACAUGGCAGCCCUUCUGUGCAAAGUGGGCUUCAGUGAGGCGGUCGUUCAGUCCAAGAUGGCAGCAGGGACGAGCACAUUUGUCUUGGCUUACGCCAUCCACAAGCUCUUCGCUCCAGUUCGCAUCAGCAUCACUCUGGUGUCUGUGCCUCUAAUUGUGCGCUACUUCAGAAAGACUGGUCUCUUUAAACCGCCCACACCUGCCCCCUGAUGGCCUUCCUCUCCUCCUCCUCCUCUGCCUCAUUAAGCAACAAACACUCGGACUGUUCAUGACCAUAAUAAAUAAACAGCUGUAUAUAUCUUUACUCAUGGCCUCCAACUACAAAGCUCACAUCUGUUGUUGUUGUGAAUCCAGGUGAAACAGUCUCUGCACUAGUUGCAUUUGUAACAAAAUCUGAGUUUGAAACUGUGUUAUUUUAGGUUCAGAGAAAAACGCUAAGGAAGCCCAAAUAUUUAUUUACAAUCAGAAGUUUUGAUCAGGGAUUUUGUGUUCUCUCUAAGUAGGCAGGUUUGUCUCUUAAGCUGUGAAGGUUCUCCAUGGGGGCAAAGUAGAAAAAGCUGUUCCCACUCGCUGACUCGGCCAUGUUCAGGUGUUGUGUGAGUCAGCAGAUUAAAUCGGAUUCUCUCUGUCUCCUUUCUCUGCCCUUUUCUCUCCCUACUUGACUCAGACUCUCUCCUACACUCUUUUUAUUUUCUUGUUUUCCUUAUCUCAUAUUCCUCUCCUUAGAAGCUCUUUCCCUCCUUUAUAUCUCCUUUCUGCUUCUCUUCCUUUCUUCCCUUCUGUCCUUUAGGUUGAAAAAGCUCACUGCCUGAGCUGCAACUUCAAGCAGAUUAAACCACGAGUGAAGCUGAGUAUAGUUUAUUGAACGUUUUGGAUUGAGAAUGUGAGUUUUUUUUUUUUUUCUGAUUGAAUGGACCUUAUUUAACUAUUAAAAGGAAUGUUGUCUUUUAAAUUUGUU